UUUACAUUCAUCGGGCCCCAAUAUGUCCAAAUAUCAAAGAGAAACUAAAAAUGCAUGCCGUGGAAGAGUUCAGGUCUGAGGAGGUUAAAUGAUCUGAAGCACUUCUAUGCACAAGGAAACAGAAAAGUGAGUGCAGUGCAGGUUAGGAGAGUGCAUCUUAACCCCAUAAGCCUUAUUUUAGUGCUCGUAGUGUAAAAAUCAAUCAAUCAUGUAUCAGUAUUCGGGUAUUUGAUGGUGGUGCCCUAAACGUGUGCUUUCAGCACCACCACUUUAAAUGAACCCCUCUGUUCCCUCUAAAUGUAGUAGAAACUACUCAGGCAGGCCAGUGGCAUGUGUAAAGGGAGAAUGAAUGAACAUUGAGUAAAGCCACCUUCUCCUGACAUCCUUUGUGGGCAAUUUAUUUUUGUAAGCAUCUUUGUAAUGGAGCAUUUUCUUUGUUUGUUUUUAUGAUGUAAACACAUUUAAGGUGUUAUUUGCCAUCUGAGUGAAUUUUAUUAUAAAACAACUGAAAAAUGUGUGACAUUGAGAUUUCAAUAAAAACAUCUAUUAAACAGAGAAUAUAUUUACAAAAGUGAAACAAUCUCAGUUCAUUUUUUUUACCCUCAUAAGAAAAGGAACAAAGAAUGCUGAAUAAGCUUUCACUGGAUCUCAAAUUGAUCACAUGGGCAUCUUUUCACCGACUUUCACGACUUAUAAGGAAGACAAAGGCUUCCUUCAUCAUCUCCUGUAAGACCUACUGCAAUAGAUUCUGACAAAAGGGUGACCAUCAGUACGUGUGUGUUUGUUCGUACGCGCCCCAUCGUUGUGUACGGCGAGUUUUGUGUGUUAGUGUUCGACCAUCUUUAAAAAGCUCUUGUGUCUGGCUGAAUAGAAGGAAGUGGCUCUGACUUCCCCAGGAAAUGGGAAGAGGAAACCCGGGGGCUUCGACCUCUCUGGCUAUGCUGGAGCCACAAGACGACUCACCGGACAGAAAGAGAGAGGGAAGGGUGGAGGGAGGCUGAGAGAUAGGUACUGCCCCUCGUUUUUCUCCCCUCGAGUUGAGACAAAGACAAGUUGGGAGCAGAAAUAAAGACGGGAAUAUAUUUGUCCCUGGUUGUGCUUUCAGAUUGGAGAUGAAGCUUCUCCUCAGAGCUCUCAGUGCUCUGCUCUGCUUCUCGCUGGCCUGCGCUCACACUCUGGAUCCUGCUGGGAAGAACGUCUGCCAGAAUAUAAGGGAUCCCUCUAACCUGUUCUGUUGCCUUGGAUGGCGCCAGGAGGGAAAAGAGUGCACAAUACCUGUAUGUGAGGGUGAGCAGGCCUGUUUGAAGGGUGAGAUCUGUUUAUAUCCUGGAUUAUGUCGCUGCCCACCUGGCUACUAUGGUGCUGAGUGCAAAACCAACUGUCCUCUUGAGUUCUGGGGUCCAGACUGCCGUCAGAUAUGUAAGUGCUAUCCUAACGGGCGCUGUCAUCCAGCCACUGGCGAGUGCACCUGCCACCCACUCCGUUGGGGCCCACUAUGCAAGCAAACCUGCAGGUGUUCCCGGCACGGGCGCUGCCACCCCAUCCACGGAAACUGCACCUGCGACACCAGCUAUUCAGGUUCAACCUGUGCCAAACCGUGCCAGUGUGAUAUCGGUGGGUCUGUAGGCCCCAGCUGUGACCAGCAGACAGGCAAGUGUCAGUGCCACAAGGGGCACUGGGGGAUGAGGUGUACAAACCCGUGCGACUGUAACCAGUCCCCGUGUAAUCAGCGCAAUGGUGUGUGCGAGUGCAAGCCUGGCAUGUGGGGAACCAGCUGUGACCUGAGUUGUAAAUGUGACCUCAAACACAGCAGCUGUGACGUAAUGAGUGGGACGUGUCUGUGCCACCCAGGAUACAUGGGCCUCUUCUGCAACCAGCCCUGUGAAGCAGGAAAGUAUGGCAUUGACUGUAAAAGGAGUUGUGGUCACUGUAAAGACAACCAGCUUUGCUCUCUGAUCGAUGGCACAUGUGCAGCCUGUGAGCCGGGCUGGAACGGUACGCGAUGCGACCGCCCAUGUUCAUCUGGUUUCCAUGGUGAUGGCUGCAAAGAAGGGUGUCCACGAUGCAGGAACAAUGAACCCUGUGACCCAAAAACUGGGUUGUGUCAGAGUUGUGAUCCCGGAUGGACUGGACCCAGGUGUCAGGAGCGCUGCCUUAACGGGAGGUUUGGAGACGCCUGCCUCUUGACGUGUAGUCCUUGUUUUCAUGGCAACUGCCAUCAUGUGACAGGAAAAUGUGUCUGUGCGCCAGGCUUCCAGGGAGAGAGCUGUAACAACAGCUGCCCUGCCCUCCGGUUUGGCUUCAACUGUUCUUCUGUCUGCGACUGCGGUGAGGGGGUGGCCUGCGACUCUGUGACCGGAGCCUGUCCUAACAGUUACAGAGGUGCUGUGCUUGCGGGUGUGCUGGUUCCUUUGCUCCUGUUGCUUCUUGCUGUAGUUUGCUGCUGCUUGUGUUGUGGAGGACGCCCGGCUGGUGACAGAGACAAAGACAGUACAACUGUUGCUGAUGGCGGCUUCUUGGUUCGGAUGAAGUAUCACGUUUAUAGCGUCCUGGCAAACAUUGGCGCUGCCCUGCCGUGUAUCUCUGCCUGGUCCUCUGGCCUGCCUCGUGUCACCGUGUCACACCAUGACCCUGAGCUGACCUUCAACCACAGCUUCAUUGAGCCUCCUUCCUCUGGCUGGGUGACGGAGGGAUCGUCCUUCGACAGCGAUGAGGAGACGGGAGAGGCUCUUUACUGCGUCCCUCCAAUGGAAGACAUCCCGGCUGUGGCGGGCGGUGAGUUCCAGGAGAUGAGCUCAAAGUGUAACAUGUUCUUAGACCCAUCGGGCUUCAGCAGCGAGGACAUCUCCUCACCCUUUAACAUCCCUCGCACCUCCAGCAUUGCCAAGGCCAAGCGGCCAUCCGUCUCAUUUGCUGAAGGCACCCGCUUCAGCCCCAAAGAGAGGCGUGGCUCUGCUCAGGACCCUUGUGCUCUCCCUCGCAGCAAACCCAAAUCAUCCUGGGGGGUUUUGAUGCUAUCGGCCCUGCAAAGUCAGGGAAGCACAGCUAGAACUGGGGAGGGGAACGGACUUGAGGGCGAGAAGGAGAAAGAUGGAGUGGAUGUGACCGACAGUCAGGAGUUAAACUGUGAGGAGGCUGACCAGGAAGUAGACAGAACCCCAUCAAGGUCCACCCUGCAGGUUCCUGGAGCAUCAGGACGGAGACGGACUAUGUCUAACACAGCUGCUCAUAAAGGGACAUCGUCCGCCUCUGAUGCUCAAGAAGGGGGCUCUCAUAAGGUCACCACUGUGUAUGUGACGGUGGGUAAGGCGGGUAAGCCCAUCACAAAAACAGAGCCGAGCUCUGAGGGCCCCGUUCAGGCGAUGCUGCGAAGACUGGGCAGCCUCCAGAGGCAAAAAGAGCAGGAGUCUGGCAGGCCUAAGCCGAAGGGGAGUGAAGGCAUCAUCAAACCACCCAGGAAGAAGCUGGGAGCUCGGGCGGCUGUUUGGGAGCAGGGAGGACCGUCUACAAGGGAGGCUGGAGUUUGUAAGCCAAUCAGGAGGAAGCACUCCUCCCACAACUCCUCUGAUGCAGCUGGAUCGAAUGGCACACUGCCAACAGAGAGUGGCACUCCAAAACGGCCGCUGUCGUCCAUUUUAAAGAGCGUGCCUGAAGUGGCGUCAGCCGACUCGGGGUCUAAUCUGCGGGCCGAAGGAGACGAAAGGCAGCACGCUGCCUCGCAUCAUGAAGAACAAAUUGAGAGCUCCUACCGGACUCUGAGACCCGUGGGAGAUGGCACAAGCCCCAUUGAAAUCAUCACCAACGAAGGAGCGGCGGUCAGUAUGACUGAUGAACCCUGGUACGAAAAUGUCCAGAUCAAAAACUCGUGACCUCUGAGAAAACGGGUCAGCAGGACUGAUCGAAAAACAGCCGCAUGUUUGUUAUCCUGCAGUUAUAACUGAACAAUGGAGAAAGCUUCUCUGAGAGAUUUGUGCAGCUGCAGCUCACAUGACUGAAAUAACAGAGAAAUUGUGAUUUUAAAAAUAGCAACCGUUAAUGAAAUUUCAAACAACAGAUGGAACAAGAAAAUAGGGUGUUUUCUAACAAGAACGCUACACAGUCCGUUGUUGCCUUGGUGUUGUUCCCACACUGUAACCCAUGUUUCCCCAGUACCAUGACCCUGAACUGACCGAUCAUGCUGUUAUGAAUUUUUAUCUUUGUAACUUAGUUUUUCUUCAGGCCUUUUCAAUACUCACUAAACAUAUUUUCCCUAAACCUAUAACCAAGUGUUUCUGGCUUAACCUAAAAACAACUGCAACUGAAAACUGAAACUACUCUUUUUAGUAUUAUUUUAAUCUAAGCCUAAAAAUCUAAAUAUUUACUUUUACAUUAGCACAAACUUACAGUCUUGUGGGUGAAAGUCCUGCAUUUAGACUUUCAUUAGCCAACAGCUUUAGGAGCAACAUCAGCUGGGUCCUGGGUUUGAAUCCAUUGGCUGUUUUGGGGCCUUUCUGUUCUCUCUGGGUACUCUGAGUCCCUCCUGCAGCCCAAAGACAUGUAUGUUAGAUUAAUUAGUGAAUCUAAAUAGGCUGAAAGUGUGAAUGUGUGACGAUCGAUGGGAUUGGCUCCAGCACCCCCAUGAUGGAUGGAUGGACAGAUGUAAUAUCUGCACCUAUUGUGCUUAUAUAGUCAGAAAGGAUAAAUGGAAGUAAAGAGUGGAAGUUUGUGGAAAAAGAAGCAGUGAUGAACAUCUGGGUGGGUUCCCAGAAGAUAAUAAAAUGAGUGUGAUGAACUUUUUGAUUGAUUUGAUUGAUUCAGUUAAGUAUGAGGAAAGGAUCUGAGUCUGCUGCUCUGUGGAUAUUUUAUUAGUCUUGGAUGAAACUCAGGUAAGAACAGGCUGUAACAGAUUGUAGUCGCGAUUCACUCAGAAUCAGUACAUGCUUUACACAUGAGGGAAAAGCCCGGCAGGGUUGUUUAUUCUAUCGUAUAAAUCAGUCAGAGAACUGGAAUUGUAAAAAUGUUUGUACUUCUGUGACCCGAUGUUAAGUCCACAGCGCACGAACACUGCUGUGGGGUUAGAAACACAUUGCUGCCCUGCUUGUGACCACUGGUGAAUUAAACCUCCCCUGAAGUCUGUGUUAAUAUUUUAUAGUAUUAUUAUUUCACUGUAUAAACAUGACCGUGAUUAAUAAAAAGACAAUAAACACUU